GUUUUUCAAAUAAACGGUUCAAAGUCAAAACAGUUAAUUAUUAAACAACGAACACCAAUGCAAACCCUAACAAAUUUUAGGGUUUUUCCUCUCCCUUUUCUUCCAGCAGCGUAUAAUUGCAAUUCUUGAAACCCUCGCCAGCUGCCUCUUCACUCUCACCUUCAGACAUCAUUUCUUCCCACUUCAAAAAGCUCGAUUCUAUUUCUUUGCAUCUAUUAUUUUGUUAAUGAAUUGUUAAUUGUAAAUCUCGGGUUAGGGUUCCCUAAUUCUUCAGCUGAUGAAACCAAUCUAGGCUUUUCCAAUUCUCCGAAUGGAUUUUGUGGAACUGGAGGCGAUCGAGGGCCUUCGAUGGUCGUGGAACUCAUGGCCGGCGUCGAAGGCGGAAGCAUCGGCUCUGGUAAUCCCUCUGAGCAUCAUGUGCACUCCAUUGAUGCAAUUCACCGAUCUACCACUGCUAAACUACGACCCUCUUCUCUGUAGUCAAUGUGGUGCCGUUUUGAACCCUUAUGCCCGGGUUGAUUACAGUUCGCGCAUUUGGAUCUGUCCAUUUUGUUAUCAGAAGAAUACGUUCCCUCGUUCUUACGUCGGUAUAAGCGAGACCAACCUCCCCGCCGAGCUUUUCCCGACUUACAGCACAGUCGAGUACCAAAUUGGUAAAAAAUACUCUAAACCCUGCUCGACUUCGAAUUCGAAUUCGAAUUUGACUUAUGGUCCAAGUUCGAAUUUGAAUGUGAACCAUAAUUGGUCAAAUGGGUUGUCGUCGUCUUCGUUGUCCUUAUCAUCAUUAAUGUCGUCAUCAUCUUUGGUUUCCUCUUUCUCGUCAUCCUCUUUGUCUGGUAUAGAUUCACGAGGGUUUGGGCCGGCAUUUGUGUUUGUUGUGGACAUUUGUUCUGCUAAUGAGGAGCUGAGGACGCUUAAAAAUGAGUUGUUGCUUGUUGUGUCACAAUUGCCGGAGAAUGCAAUGGUGGGACUGAUCACAUUUGAUUCAAUGGUCCAUGUUCAUGAUCUCGGUUUUUCAGACUGCUCAAGGGUGGUAGUGUUCCACGGUGAGCGGGAGCUCUCAUCAGACAAGAUUCGAGAGUUUCUGGGGAUUCACCACACAAAGCAGCAUCAGCAGCUUGGAAAGACCCCAGCUAUCCAAAAGCAGGGUUUUCUGUUGCCAGUCUCUGACUGUGAGUUUAACAUCACCACAGCAAUUGAAGAGAUUCAUUCUUCUACACAUGUCAUGCCAGGGCAUCGCCCUCAAAGGUCCACUGGAGCUGCAAUAUCAGCUGCCGUUGGCCUUUUAGAAGGACACUUAGCAAAUACAGGUUCUCGGGUCAUGGUCUUCACAUCUGGGCCUGCAACUCUUGGUCCUGGCAUUAUUGUAAAUUCUAAUCUUAGCAAUGCCAUCAGAACCCACAGGGACCUCAUUGGUGGUCAUGCUCCUUACUAUGGAAAGUCUUGCAGCUUUUACAAGAAGUUGUCACAGAGAUUAUCUGAUGCAUCCAUUGUUCUUGAUUUGUUUGCUUGUUCUCUCGAUCAAGUUGGAGCUGCAGAGAUGAGAGUCCCAAUUGAGAGUUCAGGUGGAUUCAUGAUGCUAGGGGAAUCAUUUGAGUCUGAUCAGUUCAGAAAAUGCUUGCGCCACAUAUUUAAUCGUGAUGAGGAUGGGAACUUGAACAUUUGUUUUGAUGCAACUAUCGAGAUAGUGACGACAAAAGAUGUAAAAAUUUGUGGAGCUCUUGGUCCUUGUGUCUCUCUUCAGAACAAGAAUAUCUCAGUGAGUGGGAAUGAAAUUGGCGAGAGUGGCACUAAUAUGUGGAAAUUGUGUACUAUUGCACACAAAACAUGCAUUGCUUUCUUCUUCCAAGUGGGAAAUGAGCAGGAAGUCCAUUCAGGGUCUGCAUUCUUUAUACAGUUUAUAACACGUUACCGACAUGGUAACAUGGGAAUCCGGAAAAGGGUCACCACCGCUGCGAGAAGAUGGGUUGCGAAACAUUCACCAGAAAUUGCUGCUGGGUUUGAUCAAGAAGCAGCUGCUUCAGUUAUGGCCAAACUUGCUAUCCAUCGAGCAGAAAGUUGUUAUGCUCGAGAUGUUAUCAGAUGGUUAGAUAAGAAGCUAAUUCGUUUCGCUUCUAAGUUUGGAGACUAUGUGCAAGAAGAUCCAUCUUCCUUCCGCCUGUCAUCCAACUUCUCCCUGUACCCACAGUUUAUGUACUAUUUAAGGAGGUCACAGUUUAUUGAUGUCUUCAAUAGCAGCCCUGAUGAAACAGCUUUCUACCGGCUGGUGCUGAGCCGUGAGGGGGUGGUGGCUUCUCUCAUCAUGAUCCAACCCACCCUUUUUCAAUACUCCUUUGAUGGGCCUCCAGUUCCAGUCCUCUUGGAUGUUCGCUCCAUCUCUCCAGAUGUUAUAUUGCUUUUUGAUUCUUAUUUCUAUGUGGUAAUUCACUAUGGUUCUAAGAUUGCUCAGUGGAGGAAGCUUGGUUAUGACAAGGACCCAAACCACGAGAAUUUGCGAAAGCUGCUGGAAGCCCCAGAGACUGAUGCAGAGCAGCUUGUGGCUGAGCGGGUUCCAGUGCCUAAGCUUAUAAAAUGUGACCAACACAGUAGCCAGGCAAGGUUUCUACUUGCAAAGUUGAAUCCAUCUGUUACCCAUAAUUCUACCUUCACAGAUGGUGCUGAUGUUGUAUUUACUGAUGAUUUGAGCUUGCAAGUUUUUAUUGAUAGCUUGCAGGCAUUGGCAGUGCAAGGUUGAUGGAGCAUUGUACAGAUUGGUCUCCAUUUUCUGCACUCAAUAGCCAAAGAAAUCUAUGUAUAUCGCUUUUUGUGGGCAAAGAUACCUGACCUUUUCUAUCGAACUACAUGAAAUCAUUGUACUUUGAUCACAUGCGUGAAAUUGAGAGGGAAAAAAAUCUCCAAGUGUACAAUCUCUUCGGCUAAAAGAGUGCGUUGAAUGAUCUUGGGAUUGUUGAGCACACAACUUCAAUCAAGGCAUUCUGGUAGCUAAAAUGUAUAAUCUGUUUAUCAACUUGCCUCCUGUAAAUGUCAUUUGUCAAAGCCAAAGUGAUGGAAGAGUUCUUGGGUGCCUCAAUGAUGCCAAAGCAGUUGAUGAAGAUGGUAAGAUACAAUAGUUUAAUGGGCACAUAGUAUUGUAAAGAAAGGUCGAUUCAAUUCAAGUGUGAGUUUUAAGAAACUUAAUAUUCAUUUCUCUUCUAGUGCCGAACUUUAAAACCAGUUGAUCUCGCCUCUUAUUCUUUUAGGCUGCCCAUUGAAGUGCGAUUGAUUUGGAAUGUGAUGGGGAGUCUCCAUUUGAAUUCUGGAAGCUAUUUGUAGUUUUCUUGCAGCAUGUAUGAUGGAACUGGCUAUCCGACUUUGAUUGAGCUUUCCUGCAACCUGCAUGCCCCUUUUUUCUCACCGUUAGUAGUUGGCUCGUUUUCCAAUUCUGUUUUACCCCAUAACAUUUGCAUUCGUAUUUACGGAGUAAUUGGAUGUAGUGCUACUGCUGCUUGGAAUUGUGGCUUGUUCAGAAGAUAUGUAUUGAGUUUCAAAUAGUCACUGUUGCAUGGGAAGGAAUCCGUUUGUCUUAUAUCAUCGUGUGGAUGGAUUAAGGUCUUCUGUUAAUUCUCACCGUUGUCAUAUAUUUUUAU